AUGGGAGUUGUGGUCUACAACAUCUCCUCUGCUUCGGCCAGGGUGAGCUGGCCGCCGUCCCCCACCUGCCUGGACACGUUCUACAGCGUCAUGUACGAUCCCGACUGGAACGGCCUGCUCAUGGGCUACAAGCGCAAGCGCUUCAAGCAGGAGGACCGCAUCCCGGUCAGCCAGACCAGCGCCCGCCUGCUCAACCUCCUGCCCCAGACCGCUUAUUUCGUGUGCGUGACGUGCCAGGCCGCCGAUCCGGUGCGGGAGCAGUGCCAGGCGUUCAGCACUCUGAGCGAGAGCAGCGAGGGCCGCGGCGGCGCCCGCUGGGAGCUGACCGCCGGCGUCUGGCUGGCCGGCUGCCUCCUGCUGCUGCUCGUGGCCGGCGCGCUGCUGUGGGGGUGCCUUCGCCGCGGGCGGGCGGAGGAGGAGGACGGCCCCGCCGGGGGCAAGUCCGCCUGCGGGGACGGGAUGGGAUGCGGAAGCCUCUUCGCGGCGAGGAGCGGCAGCGACCUCAGCCUCGGGUCCGUCGGGCAGCGCGGGCUGGCGCCGGCGCAUUCUGCCGGCCGCAUAAUUGCCCCCGGCCAUGAGAGCUGA